AUGCUUCACGGAAUUGAAGGGAGCGAAGACUCCAUUGUUGCUCUUCUAUCGGGGAGUCGUGCCGUGUCAAGCCUGGCGAGCAGGGAUGGCUCAGAGUCUAUGAUUGAUUCUUUAUCCGACAUCUGGCGCAGCAGCCGCGCAUUGAAAGAGCUUGAAAGACUUCUUGCCGAUGCAGAGCCAGGCGAAGACGAAGAUUUCACACCCAAAGAACUACAUGAUCGGCUGGAACACGUCUUCACCACCAAUGUUGCAAUAUCAACAGGGGGUAUUGCUGACUCUCCUAGCAUACCAGCGCCGUCUGAUGAGACAAGCACCUUGGUGAACACACUUAGCGACAUCCUGGAUGCUGGCGCUACAGAUAUCUUAGUUGACUCUGUGGGAGGCAGUACUGAUACACAGUCAUUUCAACAUAUACACAGUCCAGUCUUGAUCCCAGCAGACUGGCCACAAUUACUAAACAUCUACUUCUCCGAAACUCAAUUGUGGUUCCCGAUCGUUCGCAAGCAUGACGCUAUCCGACAAGCAUAUUGUAUCGCCCAGAAUAAGUCUUAUUCCCACGACGGCGACUGUCCCAUUUCACUAGGCGAGCGUGCUUCUAUAUUUUCUCUCCUUGCGUACGCUUCGCAUUAUCGAUCUCGUCGUCCACUAGGACCCAACCCAGAGAUUACUCAUGUAUACUCUGAACAGACUGGGAGCUUGAUCAAAGAAGCUAUGGCUGCAUUGGAGCGGUCUGCUGCGCUCUCCAAAUACGAUUCUGGGCAUGUCCAAGCGCUUUUGACUCUCAGCAUGCUUCAACUGUGCCAGGGUGCAACUCAAACAGCAUGGACAACAGUUGGUAGAGCUGUCUACUUAUCAACGCUCCUCGGCAUAGCCCCAACAUCCCAGGCGACACCACCAGCCUCUCUAGGAGACAAAGAGAGACGAUUAGCUCUCGGCUUAUUCGUAUUAGAGACUCUCAUUGCCUCUCAUCUGGGGCAAAGGCCGUAUCUCGGCAGAAGUGAUCUCGAGAGAAUGGGGCGCCUCCAUUUGGACGAUAUUGAGGAAUGGGAGACUACUUGUCCGCCAGACACCAUCUGCGGGACUACCUACGCCCCUGGAAGAAUUGCAAGCACAUUCAAUUCCUUCACUGAGCUCAUCAGCAUAUUGAAUGAUCAUGCACAUGGGGUCAUACGGUCUUCAGAGGCGACCCUUAGCUUUCAGACCUGGUACAAUGGCCUACCUGAGUGGGCACAGCACGCAACCAGAGAAUCUUCACCAUCUGAUACGAAAUCUUCUAUUCAAUUUGUAAAUCUCGUCAUGGCCGCGGUCAGCAUAGACCUUUUAUUUCAAGCCCGAGCCUUAAACGGUGCUGAGGCAUCCUCCGGACUGCCUGCCCAACAUGCGCACAACUCGAUAUCCUUUGUGGCAAGGCAAAUAGCCUCUCAUCUACAACCACGGAUUUUCCCAUUCGCACAAAUUUAUCUUCAGAUGCUCGUUAUUCCAGAAAACACAAGCAGUUUCUCCAGACAUCAAUCUUAUCUCCAGGAGUUGACCCGCCUGAUCUAUGUACUUACUGGACUUGUUCAACGAAGCGGAUCUAAGCAAGAUCAACAGCAGAUGGAGGGCCGGACAAUGAAUGAGGCGCCAGCUCAGGCAAGCGUGUCGAUGCUUUACAAAACCGGUGAUCUAGACUCCGAACAGCCUGCCGACAACCUAAAUGACAAUACCUUAUUCAAUGACUUUGCUUACUUCACAACCACGAUAAACUCGCCACAGCAUGAUACGUUCUUCCAAAAUCUUGGUAUCGCCCCAGGUGCGACCCCAGUGGAAUUUAGAGGAACGCUGGACCCCUGA